AGCAGGUCCAAAGACUGUGGCUUUUUCAGCUGCCUUGGUAGCUCUCAGUCAAUGAGAAACCCUCAGGUUGAGGAAACUGUGGCCAGACCGGCAGUGAGGCCGGGCCGAUCGUCCCUUCCGGUGGCUCCUGCUGAUGGGUGGCUGGGCCUGCGCCUGCCUGACCCGGCUGUCUGCCUGUGGGAUGUUGGGGCCAGCUCUCGCCUUCAUACUCUUGUUGCUGCAGGGACAUCACAGCCAAGCUGGCUUCUCUUCCCUAGAAUCCUUUGAUACUGAUGAACCGGUGACGGUGACGAGACCCUCGGGAACGUCUCUCCAGCUCCGCCCCAACCACACACAGACUGGUGCGGUCGCUGCGGAAUGGAAAGCGGUGCUGCAUUCACGGGAACAGAAUUCUGUGAUAGUCACUUGGAAGAAUGUUUCUGGUUCGAACAAUGUACAUUGGAAGUCGAGUUCUCAUUGGAAAAACAGAAUCGAUUUUAGGACCGAGGACUUCACUCUUUUCAUCAAUGCAUCUCAGCAGCCGGACAGUGGUGUCUACAUUCUGGAGGUCACCAGUGAGAGCGGGGUCACUUCGAGACACAAGUUCAACGUUUCUAUAUUUGACCUUGUUGGGCAGCCACGGCUGGAGGAGCACUGGGAGCCCCUGGACAGAGGGAAGUGCCAGGUGACACUGCUGUGCUUGGUGUCCAGAGGUGGUGACGUGAGCUACACCUGGUACAGAGGGAGGGAGCGGAUCGCGACACCGAGAAAUCCUUCCAAGCUGGAGGAGCAGAUCGUCCCUGACAACAGCUCGCAGAUGUACACUUGCAACGUCAGCAACCCUGUCAGCUGGGCAAACCAGACUCUCAAGCUCACCCAGGGCUGUCUGAGUGCCCACCAGAAGCUUGGCCUCCUGCCCCUCUUGGUGAUCAUCGUGAGCCUCACCACCACCGUGCUCCUCAGCGCCCUCACCUGCUUCUGCGUGUGGAGAAGGAAGAGGCAGCCCAGACCAGAGGAAUUUCUGACGAUUUACCAAGAUGUCAACAACCAGUCAACCAGAAGCAAUCAACAGCAGAGGCAGGAGCAGGGCCCCCCCGAGGAAGGGAGCACCAUCUACUCCGUGAUCCUGCCCCAGUGUUCUGCUUCCACAUCACAAGAAAAUGAAAAUAUGACGUUAUACUCAGUGGUGCUGCCUUCCCAGAAGUCUGGAUCCAAGAAGAAGCAGCACAGCCCUUCCGUUAUUAGCACGAUCUAUGGAGAGGUUGGAAAGGUACAAACCAAAGCUCAGAACCCUGCUUGACUGUACUGCGAGGAGCUGGAGAGCGUUUGUUGAAAUCCCAGUGGCUGGGGACUCCGCACCUCUGUUACAGACCAGCAUUUGAUUUGGGAACCAGUGCAACAGAUGAUACCACACAAGUCUCUACAGAAUUGUUCCUAGUUCGAGCAUUUGUUCAUGGACUAUGUUUUGUUUUGAAAAUGAUAUAUAACAGCCAUUAAAAGAGC